CGCCGCUCCUCCCCCUCCUCCGCUCCUCCUCCCGUCCCGCUCCGCUUCCGGCCCCCGGCGGGCGGAUGGCGCACGGCUGAGCGGCGGCGCUGCGGGAGCCGAGGGGAGCCCUGUUCCACCUGCCAGGACCCAGCCAUGACAAAGGAGGAGGACCUCCCAGACUGGAACACAUCCAAGGAGUUUUAUGAAAAAUAUGAGCCAAAGGAGGUUCUGGGCAGGGGGGUGAGCAGCGUUGUCCGCCGGUGCAUCCACAAAGCCACCAGGCAGGAGUAUGCCGUGAAGAUCAUCGACAUCACAGCAGGGAACAUCUCCCCCCAGGAGGUGCAGGAGCUGCGUGAGGCCACAGCCAAGGAGAUCGACAUCCUGCGGAAGGUCUCGGGACACCCCAACGUCAUCCAGCUGAAGGACAGCUAUGAGUCCAGCACCUUCUUCUUCCUGGUGUUCGAUCUGAUGAAAAGAGGGGAGCUUUUUGAUUACCUCACUGAGAAGGUCACCUUAAGUGAGAAGGAAACCAGGAAGAUCAUGCAUGCGCUGCUGGAAGUGAUCGAGUACCUGCACUCCAUUGACAUCGUGCACCGCGACCUGAAGCCGGAGAACAUCCUCCUGGAUGAUGACAUGAACAUUAAGCUGACAGACUUUGGCUUCUCCUGCCAGCUGCAUGAGAAUGAGAAGCUCAAAGAAAUCUGCGGCACACCUGGCUACCUGGCCCCCGAAAUCCUGCAUUGCUCCAUGGAUGAUGAGCACGAGGGCUAUGGGAAAGAAGUGGACAUGUGGAGCACCGGGGUGAUCAUGUACACACUGCUGGCUGGCUCACCUCCCUUCUGGCACCGCAAGCAGAUGCUGAUGCUGCGGAUGAUCAUGAAUGGGGACUACCAGUUUGGCUCCCCAGAGUGGGAUGAUCGCUCUGACACCGUCAAGGACCUGAUCUCCCGAUUCCUGGUGGUGGACCCACAGCAGCGGUACACGGCGAGGGAGGCACUGGCACACCCCUUCUUCCAGCAGUACGACGUGGAGGAGGUCCGACACUUCAGCCCCUUCCGGAAAUUCAAGGUGAUCUGUCUGACCGUGCUGGCGUCCGUCCGCAUUUACUACCAGUACCGCAUGCUGAAGGCGGUGACGCGGGAGCUGGUGGUGCGGGACCCGUACGCGCUGAAGCCCAUCCGCAAGUUGAUCGACGCCUGCGCCUUCCGCACCUACCGGCACUGGGUGAAGAAGGGCGAGGCGCAGAACAGGGCUGCGCUCUUCGAGAACACCUGCAAGGCUGUUCUGCUCGCCCUGGCGGCCGAGGAAGAGCUGUUUUGAUGGCGGCAUCGCUGCUGCUUGAGUUGGGUUUGCUCAGAGUUAAGGCAAGUAAAAUAUUUCCAAACCAAACCAGUGAUUUUUGGUGCUUUUUCUUAAAACCUGCUGGCCUCAAGCUAGGUGCAGAUGGCUGUCAUGCAUGCUGGGUAUAACCCAGUUUGGGUCUUCUCCUGACUUGCUCUAAAGGUCUGCUUUGGAGUAGUUGCCUCCAGUAGAGCAGCAGAUCACAG